CACCGGUACAACAAUGGGCCUCCCCUGGACCGUUAGCGCACUUAUUGAUUGAGAAUGGGCUUGCAUGUUUGGCUAACCUCAUGCCCCCUUCCCGUAUUAUAGCUGGCAGAACUGACCGAUCACAAGGUGGCUGGGGUUAGUUGUACUCUAUUCUUCCAAAGACUCUCUGGAAUGGAGUGUACUACUACGCUGUGUUUUGGGACUUGUUCUUGGCAGAGCCAGAGGAUCUAGUCUGGAGCAGACACCUAAAGACUGUUGCUAGUUUACAACAAGUUGGUUUUAAACUCUGGCCGGCAAGGCAUGUUAGCAAGCCGCCCGCUGUCAGAGCUGAAAAUUGACAUUUCACGCUGAAUCGAGGGUUGGCUUCAGGAAUGUCUGUAUCGCCAAGGCGGCCCUGGAUGCCCCAGAACUAUGCAGGACAGGGCGGCAGUGUCGCAGGGACCAGGCCUGGAGUGUUGUCAUGCCUGGUCCGACUACAGGAAGGCUCCCUCCUGACUAAGCUGAAGGAUGGAGUCCGCAGUCUUCCUAAGAACUUUUACCUGGAUGAAGACAAGUCCUGUGUCAGAUGGAAACCCUCCAGGAAAGGAGACAAUGCCAAAAUUCCGAUCACCUACAUCACAGAUGUGAGGGAGGGGUUGAGGUCAGGGACUGACCCGCCCUUGAACCUUGACCCCAGCUGCUGUUUCCACCUUAUCCAUGGCAACGAGGGGGAAGCCAUAGAACUGGUUGCUAGGUCAGCUGAGGAGGCUGGUCUGUGGGUUCGCGGGCUGAGACAUCUGGUCAUGGAGAUGAGAGAGGAGAGCGGCUUCGAACACAAACCCAUCACCAACUGGCACUACCAGUGGUUGCUGGAGUGUUUCAGCCUGGUUGACGGAGACCGGGACGGUAGAUUGACGUGGCAGGAAGCAAUGCUGCUUUUUGACAGGCUGAACAUCUACGACACCAGCGGGAAGAUACAGGACAUGGUGCAGAGAGCAGUUGAGGGUCCAGGCCUGCUGGACUGGGAGGGUUUCCUGGGUCUGUACAGGACCAUCUCCACCAGACAGGACCUCGUGGUGCUGCUCAAGAAAUACUCGGAGGGAAAAGACUUCCUCACAGCCGCAGAACUCGCUCAGUUCCUGGAAAAGGAGCAGAAGGUUGAAGACUGUAGCCGAGGACAGUGUCUGGACAUCAUCGCACACUGUGAACCCAGGGAGGACUACAUGUUAAACGGCUGGCUCGGUCUGGAUGGUUUUACCAACUAUCUGAUGAGCCACCACGGGGAGAUCUUUGACUCUUCCCAUCAUGCAGUUCACCAGGACAUGACCCAGCCUCUGUCUCACUACUACAUCGCGACAUCCCAUAAUACUUAUCUCCAGGGCGACCAGCUCCUGUCAGAGUCCAACGUCGACAUGUACGCGUGGGUCCUGCAGUCUGGCUGCAGAUGUGUGGAACUGGACUGCUGGGAUGGCCCUGAGGGUGAUCCCAUCGUGUACCACGGCUACACCCUCACUUCUCGGGUUUACUUCAGGGACGUCAUUGAUGUCAUCAACAGAUACGCCUUCAUCAAUAACAGCUACCCUGUAAUCCUCUGUUUGGAGAACCACUGCAGUUUGGACCAGCAGAGAAAGAUGGCACUGUACCUGACCCAGAUCCUGGCAGGUAAACUGGAGGUUCCUCCCCUCCCACCUGGAGCAACACACCUGCCCUCGCCUCAGGACCUCCGCGGGAAGAUACUCAUCAUGAGUAAAAAGCUGACCCCAGGUAUCCCAUCAGACACCAGGUGUGGGGAGGUGAGUGAUGAGGACAGUGCUGAUGAGAUGGAGGAGGGAUACAAGCUCCUGCCUGGAGAGCUGAUGGAAAGUUCCUGCAGGAAACACAUUGUGGAGUCUUAUGCCAGGAGCAAGCUGGCCACCCUGGCUAAGAGCGGCAAAACCGUGGCGGCAGAGAAGGAGCAUCACAAGUUGCCGGUCAGUCCGAGGCAGCGUGCACGGCUGGCGCUGGCCAACUCUCCGCUGAUCAGGAGGAAGCGUGGAGGGUCCAGCGACCACGAGGACUCGGACAGGCAACGUCAGAGGGACAGGAGCAGGAGCAGAGAAAGGAAGGCUGGUAGGAGCAGCUCGUUCAGCGAGGCAGACGCUGUGGACGCCCAGGACCGCAAGUUUGGGGCCAAAGUUCUGUCUGACACGUUUAACAAACUCACUCACAGGAAGAAGAAGAAGCAGCCGGUGAAACCGCCCGGCCUUCCCACCCUACACAGUCAGGAGCAGCUACAGGAUGUCAACGACAUCAUACCUGACAACAAGGAAGCUGUUGUCAUGGAGACCCACGCCCUAGCAACCGCAGCUGUGGGGGAGAAAGCACAGGGACAGAGAGAUCUCCUGGAUGUAGGGCGUGGAAGGAAGGGUGGAGAGAAGCACACCAGGAGAAUGCUGCUGGCUAAGGAACUGUCCGACCUGGUCUGGUACAUGGGAACUGUCAGUACUGUGGACUUCAAGUCAGACGUCCCUUGUUGGCAGGUCCCCUCCAUCAGUGAGAACAAGGCCACAGCCCUGUCUGCCGACCAUGCAGCCGACAUGGCCGCCUUCACCCGCUCCCAUCUCUUCAGGAUCUACCCCUCCGCUCGACGGGUGGACUCCAGUAACUACGACCCACAGGCACUGUGGAACAUGGGCUGUCAGAUGGUUGCACUGAACUACCAGACAGAGGGUCGUAUGAUGCAGCUGAACAGGGCAAGAUUCAGCGCCAAUGGGGGCUGUGGUUACACACUCAAACCUGCUGUCAUGUGGGAAGACAACAAGUCAUUCAACCCACUGACCACCUCUCCCCUGGCCGGAGUGACCAGAAGACAGCUGACCGUGCGGGUGUUGAGUGGUCAGCAGCUGCGGGGAGUGACCACGGCCAGUGAAGGUCCAGCGGAGCUCCGUGUGGAGGUGGAGGUGUUGGGGCUGGGGCUGGACUAUCAUAAGGAACAGACAAGGCCUCAUAGCACCGAUGGUUACAACCCCACCUGGGAUGACACUAUGACCUUCAACCUGACAUUGCCUGACCUUGCCAUGGUCAGGUUUACUGUUGUCUGCUACUAUGACCAUCAGCAGGAGGUCAUAGGGCAUCGGACUGUACCAUUCAUCAGCCUUCUCACAGGAUACAGACAUGUUCACAUGGAGGGACAUCCAGCCUCUGUCUUCGUGCAUGUUUCAGUGACAGAUUACCAGGGCAAGGGCAAGUAUCGAACUGGAAUAAAGAACUUCAUCACAAGGAACUGGAGCCUAAGACAGGGUGGGUCCUUCAGGGAGACGUCUUCCGCUCCCAUCAUUAAGAAACCUCCGGCUGUCAACUUCACCAAACGUCUUGGGAAACUCACCAUGCCCAAGUGGCAUCUUGGAUCAGGAAGCGACAGUGCCUCCACUGCUUCAGACGAACAUGAACACAAACCUGCACCAGACACGCGAGACGCCAACGUUUCCGUGGUACGUGGGGAUGGGAGCGUGGUCAGCCCCGCGGUCUGGGCUGCCCAGGGCAAAGGUCAAGGCAGACCGACCCACCUGACCAUGGUGAGGGGGGACGGAACGAUUGCGAGUCCAGCCAUCUGGGCUACACCCGGGCCAGGUAAGAUCCCAGAAGACCAGCUGAGACUAAGACGGAGAAUGUCUCCUGCCCAGACUCCUGGAGACAAUCGCUGUUCCUUCAUUGUAGAAGACACUUCUAUCGCUGGUUUUCUGACUGAAUUGUGGGACCAAAAAGCACAGGAAUACAAGGAGUACGUCAUCACCGAAGAGACAGAACAUCCAGAGCAGGGCCACCUUGAUGGACAGAGUGGAACUGUAUUUCAACAGGAGCCAAUCCAACACGUCAACGGCCAAUCUCACACCCAUGCAAACGCUACUCAAAAAGCCGCCAAUGCAACUCCAACAGCAACAACAGUAGACCAAGACAAAGUCGUCGCCAAGAAGGGAGUCAAGUUUGAGAAGAAGCGACCUGAGAUGGGGCGAGCGUUCUACAUCCAAGGCACACGGCCCAAACAGAGCUCGGGGAGAAGCAGGAAAGACAAAGCCCCUCUCGUGCACAAGGAGUCCUACCAACCACCUCAGGACAACAGCAGAACUGCCUACAAACAUCUGCAGGACAGCGGUACGUACAUGUACUCUGCACCGUACCGACUCCGCCAGGCCGGCACCCCGCCCAUGUCCCCCGCUAAACGACCGGACAGCUCGCACCUGUUCCGCCACGCCAGCGCGGACCGCCUGCAUGAUGAGAGAGAGUACACUGGGACAGAGAGGAGGAGGAGGGUGGAAGGGGAUGAGUACACUGGGACAGAGAGGAGGAGGAGGGUGGAAGGGGAACAGAGGAGGGCGGUGAACAUCGGUGCUGUACAGGGGUACAGGGAGGUCGCAGUGGAUGUACCACCCGAAAUGGAGGAGCGUAACAUACAUGUAGACAGCCAGUACAGCGACAGUCCCUACAGACGACAGCUGCAGUCUUCCACUGUCAACCCAGCUGUUCAGGACCCCAGUGCUGAGGAUCUUAGGGAGGGUGUCUCAAGACAACGCAAGAGACCUCCUUCAAGGAGCCGGGCGGAGAGAAGGAGUCGUCAAGGUCCUGUGCCUUCAGAAAUUGUGCACACUGAGAGCAAAACGUCUUCUGAGCUGGAAGCCAAGACUCCCCCACAAGAUGCUGCUGAAGAUAAGAAAGUGAAAGUUCAUGACACAACCGAGGAAGAAAGUAAAAGUGAUGAUGAAGGAACUGAAAGAAGCAAAACACCGACAAAGGAAAGAUCAGCCAACAGCUCCCCUCCCAUCUUUAACAAAGACUCGCCUCCGUUUGUCAACGGGCUGCUUACUGAGGAAGACCUGCAGUACCUUCAACAGGCGCCAGAGGACCUUCAGAGGAUCCUGGCCACAGAAGACUUCACUAAUAGAACUGACGAGUACAAGCUUCUCCUGGAGCGAGCCAAGAAGAGCGUUCGUCUGAAGGAGAUUCGGAGCAGGAGGGAGUCGUACCUGGCUGCCAUGGCAACGGAGUACAGCCCGUCAGGGAAGGACGGCGGCGGGCUAGGAGGGAGGUCACCUAGGGGUCAGAGGAGGGCGUCACGACCGAGAAAGGCUGUCGUCAAACCCUUACAGCACGAGGAAGAAACUGCACCAGUUUCUGAUGUCACUGAGAAGACGGAGGGAGUGAGUGAGGCAAAAGCUGACGACAAAAAGCCCCGGCAGGACAAAUCCAAAGAAAAAGAUGACGCUUUGAAACAAAAGGGAGACAAAGGUGAUGAUUCUGUGACAGCUGAAACUGGCCAGGUCAAAGAUGAGAAAAAGAUGACGGAGGACAAAGACAAAAGUAAAGAUGUGACAACCAUUUCUGAUCUUGAUGUGGAAGCUGAGACAAAAGAAACUUCUGCAGAACAAAAGGAGAAACAAUCAAAGAAAGGAAAGACUAAAGAUAUCAAAGAAAAGGAUAAAGAAGACACGACAGAAUCUUCCGACAGCUCGUCUGAUAGUCCCUCAUCCCCAGUGAAAACAAAUGCAACUUUCGGUGACUCGAUUUGGGACGAAAUCAGCGAUUUAUCGGAAGUCUCAGAGUCAGUGUCAAGCAGCACAUCUUCACUUGACACGGUGAUUGACACGACCAAUGACAGCAUCGAUCAGGAGCUACAGAGCUUGGAGGAGGAAGAAAGAAGAGCAGCAGAAAUCAUUGGGGAGGCAAAACCGGAGAAAAGACCUGAUCCUGAAACAACGAUCCAGCAAGCAUCAGCAAAAGAGCUCCAGCCACCGAAAGAUGAGGUUGAGAUGAAAAAGCUCAAAGAGAAGAUCUGCAAGUCUCCAACAGGCUUUGCUGGGGAUGGAGGGUUGGAAAGUGUGGAGGUUUUGUCUGAUACAUCAUCAGAAACAUCUAUCGAGUCCCAAAACGAAGUUACUCUAGUCGAAAGAGAGAAAAUCUCACCGGAAGACGUCGUCACAUCUUCAACAGCGAACAAUGAGCAAGAUACUGAAGAGGAUGCUUCAGACAGAUUUUACGCAGAAGCAAACAAGGAGUCUGUUGCCACAGAUACGAAACCUUUCCAGACCAAACCUGCACCAGCCAGCGACGAGACUGAGUGCUUCGACACAAACGGGAAAUCCAAGAGCCUUGGCGACAUCACAUCCGAGGACAUCCACUGUAACAAGUUUGACAGCAAAUACAAGACUAUCAGCAAGAGCUUCAUCACCAAAAAGAUGCGCGAGCAGAAGCGCUUCUCACCCCUCAGGGGCCCUGUCAUGCCAAAGAAGCCGUUAGAACAAGAGCUCAUCAAGCUAACGACAUUCACCCCAGAAGAACGGGCGCUACCUCAACCCACCUCAAGGCUGGAACCGAAGACGUCCACUCCCAAGAAGCUGACUUUCUCCAGUAGGAGCGAAAGUAGAGUGAAGCACAUCGCUAGCAGGAAGAGGACACAGUCCGAGUCUGGCUCUCAGGAUACAGAAGCGAGCAGUUUCAGGAGAACCGGGGAUGCCGUGUUUGUUUUAACAGCAAAGGCAGAGGCUGUGCCAAGGAGGAACAGGCCUCCCACUCCCCCUAUCUACCAAUACCGGCACAGCACAGGCUCCUACAUACCCGGCUACAUUGAAGGGCCCGCCCCAUUGUUGGAGGACAGGGGAGUCCCAGAGGGGGCGUGUUCAACCCCUGGCACAGCCCCUGACAUUGUGCCAAUGGCUUCUCCACAGGGGGACAGCAAGUUGGAGGAAGAGCCGGAGAUAUACUUUUUACUCAAUGUCUAGUUUUGGAAGUGUUACAAGAGAUAAGAUUGUACAGUUUUGAUGACUAUAUAGCUAGAGCCGUCUCUAUGUAUCAGGUACAUCACUGUUGAGCAGUGGAAUAUCACUUAUUUAACCUCCUCACUGCUUCCAAUGCCAUAGCUAGUACAUAUUUGUGCCAUAAGGCUCUACCUCAGUAAUGAGAUUAGGUUAUCACUCAUGUAGUCCAUUUUUUUCCCGUUCUGUUACUUGAAUACAAUAUUCCAACUUUUGUUUCCUAUAAACCACUAUCCUUUCCUUACAUGUACACAAUACAGUCAAACCUGUACAAAUGACCAUCUCUACAUAAGAUUCAGGUGGCCAUUGAUAUACAGUCAAACCUGUGCUAGUGACCACCUCUACAUAAGGACCACCUGGCCAUUGAUAUACAGUCAAACCUGUACUAGUGACCACCUCAACAUAAGAACCACCUGGCCAUUGAUAUACAGUUUGUACGGCCAAACUUUGACUAGUGUCCAUCUCUACAUAAGGACAACCUGGCCAUGUAUUGUUCUUUCUUAUCAAUGUAGCAAAUGUUAUAAUUGCUGUAUUGUAACAAGAGUUAGAAUAGACUGUUCCAAGUUACCACAACUUAUUACACAAAACGAAUAUCACAAAGGACUGUAGAUAUCAUUAACUUUGUUACGAAGUCUAGCUCUUAAUGAACAAGUUGCCAAUGUAGCCAACAAUUUGCCAUGAGGACAGACUGUGGAAAUUGUCACAAAAAUGUCUUUUAAAUGUGUAGCCAACAAAAUGAUACAGCAGUCAUAUAGAAAUAGUUUAGCUGUAGAGCUGUUGGCUAAAAUUGUUUCUUCAAAAUUAAGGUGUACAAAGUUGAUGCUAAAAUGCACUUCUUUUUUAUGUAUGUACAAAGUGGGUUUGAAUGCUUACUAAGUUAACUUACUCUUAGACAUGUACAGUUCAUACAAUUCAUCAGAAGUAUGAUUUGUUCCACUAAAAAAAAGUGAUAAGUUGAUGUGGAUUUUCUUGUUUGCCAAAUGUUGCAUUUUUUUUGUAUGAACCAAAGGUUGCUUGAUGUUGCAUGUUUUUUGUGAUUUUUGUCACUUACUGAAUAUUGUUUGAAUUAUGACUGACUUAACUGAUGUAUGUAUAUUUCACUCCAUACAAUAGUUAUGGGUAGGUGGAGUGAAAUAUGCUGUAUUUGCUUGAGCAAAUGUCAGCCUCUCUAGUUCUAGAUGCUUCAUGUCUGAUUUUAUGUCCAUAUGUCUAGUUGAGACAUCUUAAUUUCAAAACUUAGAAAUCAUGUGGAACUGAAAGAUAAACAAUCAUGAAAAUAGAUUCAUAGGGAAAAGUCUGUACCUUGCACAAUUUCAGAGUGAAUCUAGUAAUAAGAUGCAGGUUUUCUUUCCAGUCCUCUGUUUCCAUAUAAUUAUGCCCUCUUGCUUAGUUUUUACCAUAAAAUAAAUUGCUGUGGCGGCAUUUGCUUUACAUUUGAAUAUCAGACCAGUACUUGACGUUAGCUGCUGUAGUAACGAUCAUGUAUCAUUCAAGUUUUAUUUAAAAUAACAUUUUAAUGUACAGCUUAAUAGGAGGCUGGUACUUUUAAACUAAAAUAACUGUCAGCUUGGUGAAAGCAAAUUGGAUUAUAUGGUUACUGUAACAGUCUUCAGAUUUUGUAUACAAACUCUUCACUGCCAAAGUUGGUUUUGUAUGAUCAUAGAAAAAACAAUCAUGUACAAGAGGGCUUGAUACUAGAUAUGUUUCUAAUCAUAGCUGAUCAGGAUGACAGGAAUUCUAAAACUAUGCCAAAAAUGAUACAAUCAUGUGAGUAAUUUAAAAGCAAUUUGAUUGUGUAUUUUUCCCAAUCAUGUGGCCAAAUAACAGUUUAACAAUUUGGAAUUCUAUUGAGAAACGUGCCAUUGCUUGAAACUUGGAGAUGGUCAAAGUAAAAUCAUGUAUUUAGAUUACUCCAAGGUACAUGGACUUUGUGAAGGUAGAUUUAAAAGUGGCCACCUCUGCAUAAUGACUACCCGGCUAUAUUUUUGUUUACAUUAGGCCAUGUUGAUUUGAUUAUAUGGAUGACAUCCGCGCGCGCAUGGAUUUUCGGCCGUUUCCAAAAAAAG